UUCACAAGGCUCUCGCCCAGAAGCUCUGCUGUCUCAAAACUACAGGCCGUAAAUUGUUGAGCGGUUCAAACACACCACAUGCACAUCUCUCUCUCCCCAAGCUUUCUAAGCCCCCAAAAAACUCCUGUCUCAGCAGCUUGACUUAUGCAUUUAACUAUAUACCGCCCUGCUCUACCUCCCAAGUACUCUUUCCCACCACCCACCAUGCCUCAUACUAACCCGGUCAUGCAUAUACCCAGGUCCUGCAAUCCUUCCCUCUGACUAAGCAUCCUAUUUCUUCUGGGGUGAGUUCAGAUUCACCAAACUGCUAAGCCCCCCGGUGCUGAUUCAAUCGUUGCAAUACUCCCAAGCGGAGUGGAGCGAAAGGGUAGCACAGUUAUGCUGUGGCCCCCCCACCACCCCCGUGUGCCCCCUGACACUUCGUUGCAAUGAAAGAGUAGACAUACCUCAUUCUGUUGGAACAAACAGGGGCACGGGUCACGGGAUGGAUCCCUGUCUCUGCCAGGCUCAUAAUACCACAGACGAGAUGUUUUUAAGCGGCUGGGCAGGCGUCUACCCACCCCCCACCGUCUCUCUCCCUCUCUCACUCUUUCUCUCUGAUUAACCCCCACAAACAUUGCGCUAAUGUGCCAGAUGCCUUAGGGCGACUGUGAGGUCGACAUCGCAGGAGCAACGGCCCCUUUCUAUCACAACGCGUUGUGGCAGGAUCUUCCUGCUGCUUCAAGAUGAGCUACUUCCUGGUGCUGAGUGAGACCUACGGGGGGAAUGUCCUGUCGCGGUACCAGCGGCUACGAAUGGAGGGCCGCCUCUGUGAUGUGGUGCUGGUGGCGGGAGGCGGCACCCGCUUCCCCACACAUCGCAGCCUGCUGGCCUCUUCCAGUGACUACUUCUGGUCCCUUUUCCAGGAGCACACUCAUGAGUUCCAGGCCCCAACCAUCUACCUGCCCCUGCUGUCUGAUGUGGGCUUGAGCCACAUCCUGGACUUUAUCUACUCAUCCUGGCUCUCCAUGUCUCCCUCCACCCUGGAGGAUGUGCUGGAGGCUGCUUGCUACCUGCAGGUCACCAGUGCCAUUCAGCUUUGCAGCAGCUACAUCGCUGACAACCUUUCGCCUGACAACUGCUGCUUUUUCGCCAACAUCGCAGCCCGCUACGACAUGGCCGAUGCCCUCUCCGCUGCUAACAGCUUCAUUGCGCAAAGGAUGGGGGAGUUCCUGAAGCCCGGGGGUGGGGACUGGGAGGGGCUCCUGGAGCUGAAUGCGGACUCCCUGCGGGUGGUUCUGAGAGCUGAGGAGAUGCCUGGAGUGCAGGAGCUGGCCCUGCUCUCCCUGCUGCUAGACUGGCUGGACCACCAUAAGCUGAGCAGCCUGAGGAGCAACUUGUUGCUAAGCAAUAUCCGUUUUGCCUUGGUACCGCCAGAGGAGCUGACCCUGCUGUGCACCAGCCGCCCUGCACUACAGACUCCCUUCAUAAAGAGCCUGGUCCUUAAGGCGCUGGAGUACCACCAGCUGGGGGCAUGCAAACCUCUGCUGCAGACCACCCACAGCACUCUGCGGACUCAAGCCUGCAAGGUGCUACUGGUGGGCGGGGGCCCAGAGGCCGACCGCCCUGAGAGGGAGGUCCUUACCUUCGAUCCCCACUUGAGGAAGUUUCACUCCCUCACCCUGCUUCCAUGCAGGGUCCAGCACCACUGCGUCUGCACGCUGGGCAACUUCCUGUUUGUCCUGGGUGGAGAAGUGGUGGAGGUGGACGAGAGCGAGAAGGUGAUUGGCAGGGUGGUCACUGGCCAGGUGUGGCGCUACGACCCCAGGUUUCAGCACUGGGAGGUGCUUGCGCCGAUGAGUGAGAGGCGGGCAUGGUUCUCCUGCUGCAUGGUGAACAGGGUGAUACAUGUCAUCGGGGGGCGCAGCGGCAGAGGAGAAGAGGAGGUGGUACUGGACACGGUGGAGGCAUAUGACAUGCAGGCAGAUUGCUGGCGGAGGGCCAUGGACCUCCCACAGCCUAUACAUGGCCAGGCCUGCGCCACACAUGGGGGCACCAUCUACAUCUCAGGCGGAAUUCAUGGCAACCAUCAUGAGAGUAGCCGGGAAGUCUACAGCCUGGAGCCCUGUGGGAGCCAGUGGGAGAAACGGGCCCCUAUGUCCAUCGCCCGCUACAGCCACCAAAUGGCAGUGGUCAGAGACAGGAUCUACACCUUUCUAGGGAUAUAUGAGCCCUUCUGUGACAUCGAGUGCUACAACCCGGUGCAGGACGAGUGGACCCGCCUCCGGCCCCUGCUGAAUGACCGCUUCUGCUACGGCCUUACACUGCUGCCUCCGCCACACGAUGAGCAGGUGCUGCUGAUCGGAGGCCGGAAGUGGCGAGAUGCACAGGAAGUGUCCACACCCAAUGUGCUGGCAUACGACACUGAAAGUGAUAGCUGGAGGGAGGUGUGCAAGCUGCCCAAGCCACUAAGUGGGACACAGUGCACCCUGAUGCACAUCCCCGACCUCACUGAGACAUAGAUAUGCCCCCACGGCACAGCUCUCACAUGGGCACACAAACACAUGUGCACCCACUCGCAUGGCGUGGUCUGCAGCUAACAGAGUGGAGACCUAUCCCCGGUGACAAAAACUUCUGUGGGUGGAAUCUUGGCAAGAGAGGUCUAAGGGACGGUCUGCUAUCACUGGAGACAGCUCAGUGUGCUGAUAGGUGGGGUCAGCAGACCAUAGACAGUAAUGUGGUGGGCAUGGGGGGAGGCAUAUUUCUCAUGGCGAUGAAAGGCUUCUUCCAAUGAAUGAGUAAUGGAGAAAGAGUGUGAGCUAGGAAGUGAAGAAAGAGAAAGACUGAUGAAGAAUGAAAGAACAUUAAAAAGGGCAUUCUUUGGUUCAAAAAGAAUUGAACAGUAUUAGGUGAGUCGCAGAGAAACUAUGUCCGGGUGUAAUCCAGAUAUAAAUAUUUAUAAUUGAGAACUAUUUUGCCAGCGUUAAUGUGUGGAUAAAAUCCAGUGUUACAAAGGGAAACCGCAUAAGAAUUUAACAUAGCUGCAGCCUAGUUUUCAGGUUUGUACACGCACAACUGAAACAGCCAGACAAGUAUAGAGGAUUUGAUAGGCAUGUCAUAUACUUUAAUAACACAGGUUUGUUUUUCUUGGCAUGAGAGACCUGCAACUGUAAACUGUAAAUGAUACAGACUAAAAUAUAAUUGACAAUUUGUCUGCAUUGUGACAAGGACUGCACCUUUAAAUUGAAACUGCUGUUUUGAUACCGAUAACAGAGUACAGCAAGUGGGUUAAGUAAUUAAUUAAUCUCUUUAAUCCACAGCCCCCAGCAUGUGUGUGAAGAUCUGAAAUGGUGGUCACUUAAGAGUAAUCCUCAUUCUGUGGUGUGGUUAGAAUAAUGGUUAAAGAGGGAUUCAUAAAAAACCAUGAGCUUUGACCCCAGGGGGUAACAAGGGUGUGGUAAUUGCCAGUGACAUGAGUAGAGGGUCGUUAAAGGAGUGAUCAUUAGCAACAAACUUCAGGGAGGAAGGCAGGCUUGCUGAAAGAGGAGGGGCAUAUCACCGCUGUAGCAGAUUCCUCAAGAUUCCAUCUGCCAAUCUGAUCAUUUCAUGAAAACCAUCAGCGAUCAGAAACAGUUUAAUACCAUGUGAAUAAUAUUCCUUUAUAAAUAUAUUUCCACAUUAUAUUAUUAAAGAAUCAGCUGAAAUGUAUUCAAUGUAAAAAAAAAAGUUACACAUACAAAUCACACAUUUGAACUUUUGUUUGCACAAUUUAUAAAAUUGGUCUGCAUACCAAAUGAUUUAUAGAAAAUUUACUGAAGCACAGCAAACUCAACGCUGAAGUACAGCAUACACAUAGACGUAUAUGUCUCACCAAACUAAUACAAGCACUAUUCUAAAGCAAUGCUACCCCAUGUUUUCUACAUGUUCUCAUGUAACUUGGUCCUGUGUGUCUUCAUUUUGUCAACUGAAGAGAAUGUGCAAUCUGAAGCAUUAUGUUGGGGGAUCAAUAUGUAAAAUUGUGAAUUUAGUCAGCAACUGAGGUGCAAUGUGUCAUUGCUGGUAAUAUACAGAACUGGUUCAAAGUUACACUUGUUGCAGGAUGUUAAACCACUAUUUGCACUUUUUCAGGCUUCUGAAAACACAAUGCAUGUCUAAACCUACCACAUCAGCAGAUGAAGCAAUGCAGAUAAUUAUACCACAAAUCAGAAACUGCAGAUAGGAAAAUGAGCUAAAUAGGCAAAUUACUGACGAGGAAUGGGAAAACAAGAUGUGCAAAACAAACAAAAAAUAUAUUAUAAUAAUGUGCAAUAUUGAUCCACAAAUUCAGAUGUGGAAUUUUGUUAGUGGAAGAUAUUUUUUAGUAACUCCUAAAGCUAAACCAAGACAGCUGGGCAUGCAGUCUCCAUACUGACUGCAGCGCUUCCGAAUGGCAAGCCGUUCUAAUGACAAACCCUUCUAAUAUCUUUUGGGACUCUCUAGGUCUAUGACAUUUGGAUGAAGGACACUAGACUAUGAAAGACCGAUUAUUUUGACAGCGGUUUUUUUCCAUAUUUAAUUUACAUGAAGAUCUGGUGCCAGGGGACAGACACAUGAUUAAAGCAUUUCUAGCCGCCAGGAAAAAGCAAUCACCCUCUACUGAUAAUCAAUAGGAGACCCAACAACCAAAGAAAAUCACUUUUUUUUGUCAAAGGGGUAUACACAAAGGAGAAUUUUAAUUUGAAGUCACAAAAAGAUGGACUUCAAAAUGAUUUGAAAUUACUUUUAUCAGUUUGUCACUGUAAAGUAUCACUGCCAUGAAUAUUACAUGGUGUAUUUUGUUGGUAUUGAGGUGGCAAUAAUGCAACCCAGUUUCUUUUUUUACAAAAAACAAUGAAAGAUAAAUUACAAAAAAAAUUAGUUCUGUAUAAUUAUGCAGAAUAACUGCCUUAGAUUAGUGCUACACGCAGACUACACUAAUAGGAAAUAAUAACUGCACAUCAAAUCUCCAUAGAAUAUUUACUGUAAAUUAUUACUGCUACUACAUGUACUGAGAACUACAGGAAGGAGUUAAGAUAAAGAAUAAGACUGAGCCACAUCUCACUUUGCUGACAGUGGCUAAUAUCUGCCAGCUAAUUCUUCCGGGUAUAAAGAGCAGCUCAGCAGGUUCCUAUGCCCUCCGAGUCACUGUGAAAGCCAUAGCCGCCCUUCUCAUCAUGGCUCAUUCCAGCAUAUUUGGGGUUCUGUAAUGGGCAAUUCUCUGACUGCUGAGAUAACUAAACAUAACAUUUUUGUGGAAUGUGGAUUCCCUGUGUGGGGUGCCUUUGUUUCAAUACAUAUGCAGUUGUGGACACCACCUGACUGUGGUGUGAUUUAUUAUGUGAACCAUUAUGGGGUCAAGAUAUACAAUAUAAAGGUGAUAUGUGAUGUAGUUUGCAGGGUGACACAAGUGUAUGUCUUUUGACAUCAACACAACACAGUGGAAGUGUUGGAGAUAUGGUUUUGAUAAACUCAAAAUGUAAUAUUGCUAUAAGUGACAACUAUGCACCUCCCAGACACAUACAGCAAUCUCCAUAAUGUUUGGGGCAAAGAAAUAUUUUUUUAUUGAUUUGGCUCUGUGCUCCACAAUUGUAGAUUUGUAAUGAAACAAUUCAUAUGUAGUUCAAGUCCACAAUCUCAGCUUUAAUUUAUACAUUUUGGUUUCAACAUUUAGAAAUGACAGCACAUUGUAUACAUAGUCCCCCACAUUUGAGGGCAUCAUAACAUUUGGGACAUAUUAAUAUUAUGUAAAUGAAUGUAGUCAUGUUUAACACUUUGACGCAUAUCCUUCCUUGGCCUACCAGGCCCUUUGUAAUUCCUCACAGUUGGUCUCAUUGGGCCUCAUUCACCAAUCGUUCUUAAGAAGAAUUUUCUUCUUAAAACCCACGUACGCAGUUUUCACAAAGAUUCUGACAUUCACCAAUGUUUUCUUAUUUGGGAUUUAUUCUUAGAUAAGAACAGAAUCUACGUACACUCAAGAGCACACAUUUGAGUGUUGACAUGUUUGUGCAAAAUAAUUGGUAAUUGCAUUUUUUUCAAUUUUAUAGUUGUAUAAUAUUAUAGGAUUUAAAUUACAAUAAUAUUUUUAUCAUUUAUAAUAUUUUUAAAUUAUUAUUUUCAUUAUUGUAAGGUUCAUUAGCAUUAAGGUGCCAGGUUCUGCCUCAGAGGGUGGUUGCCUCAGUGGGAGUUCAUCUGUAAAUAAAUGAUAAUAAUCAAACCAUUGUAGUGACCUUUUAUUUUUGGGGGUUUCAAUUAUGCAAUGUUUGGGCUAUACUGCAAAAGCAAAUGUUUAAAUUUUGAAUACAAACUAAGCACUUAGGUAACACUUUUUAAACACAUGGACACGUUGAAGAAGAGAACACUUAUUCAGAGGCGUCACUAGGGGGGUGCAGACCACAGCGGGUGACACCACCAGAGGGGGGUGACACCAAAAUGACUGGCAAUAAAUUUUUUGUGCAGUGUUCUGUGUAGCGACGGGUUGAAACGGCUAAUUUCUCCGAUGCAGUUUACUGCCGGUUGAUUUAAUUAGCGGUAUUAAUGUGACAAGAAGCGCUUUGUCAUUUGAAUGCAUAACACGCAAUUCAUUGAGCCCACUCCCACCAACAUUUUUUUUUUUUUGCCUCAGAUUUGACAUCAAACCUUUUUUUUUUUUUGCUUAAUCUGUUGUGCGCCCUUCUCCGGAUACAGCGCUCACUGAACGAGUAAUAGCAUCCCAUGCAUCUUUUUUUGUGUUUUAUUUUAUAUCCACUACUGACGCUAUUAAAUAUGACAGGUUGUUUGCUGUUCACUUCCUGCAGCAGUACCUCUACUUCAGAACUACUGAAGUUUUUCUUACGUUUGGAGUCCGGAGCUCCACCGUCUUUAGAUUUUCGUUUGGGCAUUCUUGACUUCUCUCUCAACUUUUCUUUUCAAUUUCUGUGUGUGCACACGGCCCUGCAGUCUCAUGCCCUUAUGGGGAUUGGCGGGGCAUUUACCUUUGCUAAUUAGGAACAACUGGCACGCGCUUUCAACUUACAAAGACAAUGGGAUUCAUCAUUUAUAAGAACACAGGUGUGAACAAUUCUGCGGUUUAAGAACAUGUCAUGAAUCUGACGUAGACUUUUCUUAGGACCUUUCUCGAGAACAGAUUUAAGAGAAAACUUAGGAAGAUAUUGAUGAAUGAGGCCCUUUCUUCUUAAUGAUGUUCUAAACAGUUGAGUUUCAUAAUGGCUUCCUUGGCUAUCAUUGGCACAACUCUGGUGCUCAUGUUGACAAUGGUCAAUAACAGACUCCAAAGGCAAUAAAAAGCCUAGAAUCAAAACUAGAUAUUGAAAGCUCUCUUAUACCUGCACUAAGUCAGCAAUUGAACACACCUGACUAAACAGAAACACCUGUGAUGCCAUUUGUCCCAAUAAUGGACUUGUCUUAAGACAUAAGAAGAAAAGUAAUAAAGGAUUAUUUUUUCAUAUGAGCAAUGUACUUCUAAUUAAACACAGUGGUUCUUUAAUAUAGAUCGGCUAUAGAUAUGUAAAGGGCAUUAUUAGUGACACAUGAAUAUAAACCUGCGACAAGACCAAGCUCUGGCCUUCAACAUGUUAAACUAAGAUUAGAUUCAAUAUAUGUAUAUUCUUUAAAAAUAAAACAAUAUUAUAACAGGAUUUCCAUAAGUGCCUGUACUCAGUCAUUUACACAACAUAUUUGUAAAACUGUGAUUAGUUUGAAAUGAUGAUGCUAUUGGCCACAUCACAUACCUAAAAUAUGUUUAAUUCUUGUUCAGGUCAUAUUUGUUAUGAUAUACAUAAAAGUAAUAAGAAAAUUGCAACUGUCUUUAAUCAGCCUUUUUUAAGAUAUGUUGUGAAUGGGGUUCUGUAUGCAUUCAAAGUCAUGUUACAGUUGAAUGAGUGCCAUCUGCAGGAGAACUGCCAUAUUGCUGCAAUACUGAAGAUAACCUAAACAUUCUGUUGCUGUGGACACCUGAUUCUGGACAAUAGAAAGCAAGGGGGGUGAAACAGAAUUUUCUUCCACCACCUGUUGAAUGUCCAAUAACAGCUGCCUGCCUGGUAAGACAGGAGGAAAAGCAGCCACACCCACGCAGUCAAUACAGUGUUUAUUUUAAGAGCUUAACUUUAUUAAUGCAGAUAUAGUCACAUUUGUUUAAAAGCUGAAAAGAAACAAAACAAAAAUAAAAUAAAUAGUGUGGUAGAUGAAGAGAAUUAAUAAUAACACAAUUAAUCCUUGGAACAGUGUUGGGGACACAUGCUUUAGUGAAGCAUGUUGAGGGACCGUAUCCCUGCACAUUGGUAUGGUAUGCAAUACAGCUCUUACUUGUAUGCUGCAGAGUUCACAAUCUCCCAUCCUAAAAUGCACUCAGGACAUUACAUUUCAACAUAUAUAUAACAGCAUUGAUCAUAAUAUUUCAAAAUUAUCUGGCAAUAGUCUCAGUAUCAUUAUCACUUUUUCUUCUCACUUUUCUGUGAUGACUGAGCCCAUUUUGGGGCCAGUGAAAUAAUU